GAAACAUCAACAGAACAUCAGAUCCAAAUGUCUAAAGAAUUGGAAGAGCUCAGGUCUGGUGGAGUAGACAUCUACAAUCUUCUCGAUAUACCCAGUGACUCUUCGCUGUCUGUUAUACGAAGAGCCUAUAGAAAACAGGCAUUGUUAUACCAUCCUGAUAAGAAUAAGUCCAGCGAUGCCCAGACGAGGUUCCAUCAACUUUCAUUGGCCCUUGAGAUACUCAAGGACGAUGCACUUAGGAAGUCGUAUGACCAGUGGCUCCUUGCUAGACAGAGAGAGCGUGAGAAUGCCGAGAAGCUGGGCGCUGAAAGGUUGAAGAUGAAGCAAGAGUUAGAGGAAGCUGAACGUAAGCGGAAAUGGGGCAAGAGAGACGUUGCACUUUCGGAGAACCAAUACGCCCUGAAUCUCGAGAAACUAAGGAAAGAAGGAGCUGAGAUACGUGUACAGUAUGAGAGAAACUACCAGAGUAAGGUAUCCCAGGCUAACCGACCAUUCGAUGAGGUAGGCGUAGACCAGGCCAAUAGGACAGUUCAAGUACAAUGGAGGUUUAAAGAACAGAUAUCAGCAUUGUUUACUGAUGAAAUUCUCAAAGAAUGCUUUGAAGUCUUUGGGGAGGUUGAGUAUGCUAAGAUCUUAGAUAGGGGCUCUUCAAAGUAUCAAACUGGUAUUGUUGUGUUUGUUGAUGCGAAAUCAGCAAAGAAUGCUGCAAACUACGACAUUACAACGAGUCCUAGUAUAUGGGACGAUACUGCUUAUAAGCAAGUUUCCAACAUGUUUAGAUCAAUAACAUGGGUAUUGGAAGCGAGAAACAAUGGUAUGGAAUUUGAAGAGUAUAUGAAUUUAACACUUGAGAGGUUGGCUACAACAAGGAAAGUGGGUGCAAUGUGAUUUUCCACAACUCCACCAUUUAGAAGAGAUCAACCUCUUACUAUAUAUGGUUUCUAUAUACUUCCUAAUAUAUGGCCAGAUCUGUAUAUUGUACUGAUACAGAAGUUGAUACAUCAAAGAAACACAUUGAUCAAGACCUUAAUGGCCUUCUUGUGUUGUAUAAUUCUACA